UGAGAUAACGAAUUACUAUCAAAUUUCAAAAAAUUCACACCGAAUUAUCCAAUAAUUGAUUCGUGAAUUUACAGUAGCAAGUAGUAAACCCCAAAUGUCGACUCAAGUAGCCAACCAAUUUCUUCAAAGCAAAUCUCAACGGCUCUCUGCUGAAUAUAGCCGUUAACCUCCUUCAAACCCCUCUGUAAAAACAAUAUUCACAUACAAUUCGCAUUGAAACCCUAAUCGUGGAGUGAAUACAUAUAUAAUCUCGUGAAUUCAAUUCCCAAAAAAUUCAAUCCUGACGACUCUCUCUCUCGCUCGCUAUUUCAUUCAUUCAUUGUGAUUGUUCAUUGGAUCUUGAUUUGUUUCUUCUCUAACCAAAUUCUGUUUUCUGCAGGCUGCUCUCUUUUUUCUCUUUCUCGUGUGUGUUCUCGUUGUGCAGAGAUUUUAUUUUCUUUUUCUUGAUCUGUAUUACUAAUUUAUACUAUCAGUUGCAUAUCGCAUAUACACAUACACAUUGUUUCCUUUUUGGUUUCCUUCGAUAUCUGUCAUUUUGUUGCUAACGUGAUGGAAACAGGAAUGAUUCAUUCGUCUGCAUCUUCAAACAAGUCCCAAUCGCGAUGCCCGCUUCAAGAACAGUUUCUUCAGAGAAGAAGUUCAAGGGAAAACUUGGAUCGGUUCAUUCCUAAUAGAUCUGCGAUGGAUUUUGAUUACGCGCAUUACAUGCUUACAGAAGGUAAGAAAGGUAAGGAAAACCCAUCUAUCAACUCUUCUCCAUCUAGGGAGGCAUAUAGGAAGCAGCUUGCAGAAACCUUCAACAUGAACAGAACUCGCAUUCUGGCUUUCAAGAAUAAGCCACCUACCCUAGUCGAGGCCAUCCCGAAUGAUUUCUCAGUGGCUGCUCACCAAGCGAAGCCUGCUAAACCCCGUCGCCACAUUCCACAGACUUCGGAGAGGACAUUAGAUGCCCCUGAUAUUCUGGAUGACUACUAUUUGAACUUGCUAGACUGGGGAAGCAGCAAUGUUCUUUCAAUUGCUCUUGGAAGCACUGUCUAUUUGUGGGAUGCCUCCGAUGGGAGUACCUCAGAACUUGUUACUGUGGAUGAAGAAUGUGGCCCCGUGACCAGCGUCAAAUGGGCUCCCGAUGGAAGGCACAUCGCCAUUGGUAUGAACAACUCUGAGGUCCAGCUGUGGGACUCAACUGCUAAUAGACUUCUAAGAACUUUGAGAGGCGGCCAUGCAUCACGGGUUGGUGCUAUGGACUGGAACAAUCACAUCUUGACUACAGGAGGGAUGGAUAGUCGGAUCAUCAACAAUGAUGUGAGAGUGAGAGCACACGUUGUCGAAACCUAUCGAGGCCAUCAGCAAGAAGUUUGCGGGCUCAAAUGGUCAGCCUCAGGCCAGCAGUUGGCUAGUGGUGGAAAUGAUAAUCUCCUUCAUAUAUGGGACAGAUCCAUGGCGUCAUCAAAUGCUCCUACGCAGUGGCUUCACAGGCUCGAGGAUCAUACAGCUGCUGUUAAAGCACUGGCAUGGUGUCCGUUCCAGGGCAAUCUGCUUGCAUCUGGUGGAGGUGGAGGCGACAGGUGCAUAAAGUUCUGGAACACACACACUGGUGCGUGCUUGAACUCGGUGGACACGGGCUCACAGGUUUGCGCUCUUCUGUGGAACAAAAACGAGCGUGAACUGCUUAGUUCUCACGGUUUCACUCAGAAUCAGCUCACUUUGUGGAAGUAUCCUUCAAUGGUGAAAGUAGCAGAGCUCACUGGCCAUACAUCUAGAGUUCUUUACAUGGCUCAGAGUCCGGAUGGAUGCACAGUCGCGUCUGCAGCAGGGGACGAAACUCUUAGGUUCUGGAAUGUUUUUGGGAAACCCGAAGUAGCAAAGGCGGCACCAAAGACUGCUGCGGAGCCGUUUGCUCACUUGAAUCGCAUCAGAUAGAGCUUUCUGCUUACAGAGAUUGAGUGAUAGAUCUUUGUCAGUUUUAUACUUUCAUACUUUCAUGUAAAGAUUUGGCGAAUUCUGAACUGAGUUCAGGAAUUGAUAAUGCUGUUUUUAAGUGUAAAUUUUUGUACAUGGAGUCACAAAUUGUGACAAAAUCUCCUCUAAUAGUUUUUUAUAUAUAAAUAGAAUAACAUCCCAUGAUCA